CCGAGGAAAGCAGGAAGCGCACCAUUUAGUUGCGGACAAUCGAUAUUUCACCAUCUGGAAUGUAAUUGAUCUCCGUUUAUCAAGAAAUAUUCUCUUUUAUGCGAGUAAUUCCUCCGCGAAGACCAAUACCUCUGUAUGAUCCUGUAGCUGUCAAUCAAGUGCAGGGUUGCUGAGGAGAGAGCUGCAGCUUAUGUGGAGAUGGAGGAACGAUCUCGCAGCUGUCUGCUGCGCUCUAGAGCCACUCUGGAGCAAGACAUUAAAGCUGCCUACCUGAUGGACCACAUGAUCAGCGAUGGAGUCCUGACCAAUGACGAGGAACAGAGAGUGCUCAGCAAGACCACGAGAAAGGAGCAGGCUGCAGCCCUGCUGGAGGUGCUGUUGAGGAAAGACAACAGGGCUUACAUAUCCUUGUACAAUGCUCUGAUCAGAGAGAGUUAUGGAGAUCUAGCUAGCCUCCUUCAUAAUGACCUGCCUCUGCUUAGCCCUGAGGGAGAGAGAAGCUUUGCUGAUGGAGUGUCUCGCUCUGUCCAGGUGAUUCUGAGUGAAGGUGGUGUUCCUCAGAGACCCGUUGUGUUUGUGAGCCGACCCCCUCUGCUCAACCUGAUCCGGGAGAAGCUCUACCAUCUGCAGGACACUCCGGGUUGGGUCACUGUGUUUGGGAUGGCAGGCUCGGGGAAGUCUGUGAUGGCUGCAGAAGCUGUUCGAGACAGUGCUCUUAUUAAGGAGUGUUUUCCAGAUGGUGUUCACUGGCUCUCUGUUGGGCAGUGUGAGCGGCCAGACUUGCUGGUGAGGAUGCAGUCUCUGUGUUUCCGCUUGGAGCAGGGUCAAAGUUCAGACGUCAGCCAGCGGCCACCCUGCUCUGUGGAGGAGGCCAAAGAACGCCUGCGUUUUCUAAUGCUCCGCAGGUUUCCCAGGUCCCUGCUGAUUCUGGAUGAUGUAUGGGACAACUCUGCUCUCAGGUCAUUUGAUAUCCAGUGCCGAGUCCUCUUGACCACACGGAAUAGAGGUCUAACCGAAUCGGUUAGCGGUAAAAGGUUUGAAGUGCCAGUUGAGAAUGGUCUUGAUGAGGAGAAAGCACUGGAAGUUCUUGCUUUAUAUGUAAAUGGGAAACCACAGAAACUUCCAGUACAGGCCCGCAGCAUUGUCAGUGAAUGCAAAGGCUCUCCUCUCGUGGUGUCUCUGAUUGGAGCUCUUUUGAGAGAUUUUCCAGAUCGAUGGGGCUACUACUUGCAGCAGCUGCAGAAGAAGCAGUUCAAACGGAUCUGUAAGUCUUCAUCCUAUGACUAUGAUGCUCUGGAUCAGGCCAUGGACGCCAGCCUGCAGGUCCUGGAAGAUGAACACCGAAAUCUGUACAGAGACCUAAGUGUCAUGCAGAAAGACGUUAAAGUGCCUGCUAAGGUUCUGUCUGUCCUCUGGGGUCUUGAGUUGGAGGAGGUGGAGGAUGUGCUACAGGAGUUUGUGAAUAAAUCUCUGCUGUUUCGGGACUGUAAUCAGCGGCCGUACCUAUAUUACCUUCAUGAUCUGCAACUGGACUUUCUCACUGAACAAAACCGCGAUAUGUUGACCGAGCUGCAUAAAAAGAUGGUCCUUCAAUACCAGCGGUUCUAUAUGAAAGGUGCACCCAGCUCUGGAGAUAAAGAGUGUUUGUACUGGUAUCACUACCUCCCGUAUCACAUGGCUAAAGCAGGCCUCUCUAAGGAGCUUUAUUCACUUAUGUUUUCCUUGGACUGGGUCAAAGAGAAAGCUCAGAUGAUGGGAUCUGCCCAUCUCAUCAAUGACUAUGUGGAAUAUGGUGAAAUAUUAGACAAAGAGAAUAUUGAGGUGAGACUGCAGUUUCAGGUGUUCCUCUCUCUGAACGGGCAUCAGUUGGAGCAGAGGCCGUUUCCUGACGUGGUGCAGCUGGCUCUGUCUCAGCCUGCCUGCUCUGAAGUUUACAGGCAGGCCUUGAUGCAGGCGCAGGACAGAGCCACUAGGGGGCAGCUCUAUCUGGACUGGGUUAACAAAAACCGUCAGGACAGUUUGUCUCAGCUGGUCAUGCAUCCUCACCAGGGGUCCAUAUAUUAUGCCUGUUUCUCCAAAAAUGGGAGCAAAAUUGCCUCCUGUGGAGCCAGCAAGACACUGCGGGUGUUUAAGACGACCUCUGGAGAGAAGCUGCUAGAGCUACAGGCUCAUGAUGAUGAUGUUCUGUGCUGUGCCUUCUCCCCCGACGACCGUUACAUAGCAACCUGCUCCAGUGAUAGGAAAGUUAAGUUGUGGAAUGUUGAGCAAGGUUCUCUGAUCAAAGUGUUUGCCGAGGAACAUGAUGAACAGAUAAACCACUGCCAGUUCACCAACACAGGUCGACGCGUCCUGCUGGCCACCUGCUCUAAUGAUAAAUUCAACAAUACCAAGCUAUGGAACCCGAACAAGACAACCUCUCAGAACACUAUGUUUGGUCACAUGGAACCUGUCAAUCACUGCUGCUUCUCUACCAACGACGCCUACCUCGCCACUUCAUCUAGUGACGGCACCUUAAAGCUGUUUGAGGUGUCAUCUUCGAAUGAGUGGAAAUCAAUCGAUGUCAACAGUUAUUUUCCAGAGAGUGACGAUGAAAUUAAAGUCAUCGUGAAAUGCAGCACCUGGUCGUCUGACAGCACGCGUGUCAUUUGUGCUGCUAGAAAUGCCGUUUUUGUGUUUGAUGUAGCUACGUCAGACAUGCUUUUAGAGAUGAGGACUAGUCGUCUGAGCACAGUGCAGUACUGCCACGCAUGUCCCAACACCAAUCUGCUGGCUGUCGCUCUUUCCCAUUACACUGUAGAGCUGUGGAAUUUUGAGACCAGUAAGAAGAAAGCUGAAUGCAAUGGUCACCUGAGCUGGGUUCACUGUGUGCAGUUCUCUCCUGAUGGUUCACUUCUCCUGUCCACCUCUGAUGAUCAGACCAUCCGGCUAUGGGAGACAGACAGGGUUCACACCUCUUCUGCAGUGGCACUGAAGAGAGACUCUGAUGUUCUCUUCUCCCAGAGUGAUGUUACAAUAGUGGCACCCGACAGCAGAAACCGAUUACAGGUUCGGACUGGAUCAGCUGUUUUGUUCGAGAGCGAGGAGUUUCCGUCUAGGAUUCACUGUACUUGUAUCUGCAAACAUGCUCCUCUGAUUGCCCUAGGGGCUGAGAAUGGAAACGUACAGACAGGAAGAGUGAAGGUUAGACAGUUUCUGAAGAACAUUGUCUGGAGAACCCUGCGCCUGCUGAACUUGCAGCAUGAUUUUGUGGUGGCAGUAGGGCUAGAGACAGGUACAGUGCAGGUGUUAGAGGUUCCGUCUGGAAACUGUCUAGUGAAUCUCUCGGGUCACACUAGAACAGUUCACGACUGUCAGUUCACUGAUGACGGUCAGACCCUCAUCACAUCCUCAGAGGAUUCCACUGUUCGGGUGUGGAAAUGGAGGACAGGUGAGUGUCUGGUGCUGGAAGGUCAUAAGGAACCAGUCAGGAAGUUCCACCUGUUGAACUCUUCCUCUCCUCGUGUACUUUCAUGGUCGUUUGAUGGCACUGUUAAGGUUUGGGAUCUAAACAGUGGAAAGAAGCUGCAGGAUCUGGUGUGUCAUAAAGGAGCUGUCUUGUCAUGUGACAUGUCUCCUGAUGGACGGCUCUUUGCCACCUCCUCAGCCGAUAUGACUGCCAAGGUGUGGAGCACUGCCUCAUGGGAAAUGCUGUUUUUGUUGGAGGGACACAGAGACUGUGUUCGUAGCUGCCGUUUUUCGUGGGACAGCAAGCGGCUUGCAACGGGUGAUGACAACGGAGAAAUCAGGCUGUGGAGCACUUUGGAUGGCGCUCUCCUGAAGAUAUGUUCCCGGGACACUAAAGACUCCAUGGAUUCUUUCCACGGAGGCUGGGUGACCGAUCUUCACUUCUCCCCAGAUAAUAGAGUACUUGUUUCUACAGGAGGAUACAUCAAGUGGUGGAGCGUGGAGACUGCAGAGGCCCUGCAGACGUUCUACACAAUGGGAGCCAGUCUGAAGAAGAUCCACGUGUCACCUGACUUCACCACGUUUAUCACCAUUGACAGCAUCGGGAUCCUUUACGUUCUCCAGAAAGUUGAGGGAGGAGGGAUCUAGGACUUUUUAUUGUUUUAAUUGUUCUAAAUGUGUAUGUACAAUCCUGGAAGCAUUUUUAAAUAAUUUUAAUGCACUUAAGUUUAAUAUUCAUGCACACGAAGAACAGCGUUUUCUAUCUAAUUCAGUCGUAACAUUUGGUUAUGAGCUUUUGAAAAUGACCUGCCUUAUGGGUGUGUCAUAAUGUUGCCUUACAAAAUCUUUUCUUUUCUAGGACAAUCUCUCUCUCUUUGUCUCUUGCCGUCGUAAUAGAAUGCAAGUACUACAUGACCCACAUUAACAAAACACGUUCUGGCAUAUUCAUAUCUUCUUUUUUUUUUUAGAGAUUAUAAGCAACCCUUUGUUGGUUUCCCUCCGAGCCCAUCCAUUCCAACUGAUGCCUUAAUAUCUCUAAAAAUAUAUCCGAAACAAGCAUAUCUUUGGUGAUGUGCCUUCAUUUUUCUUUUUUUUUACAGUUUUGUACAAGGCUCAGGUUUGAUCAGGGAUUUGUCAAAAGCAGACUGACUGGCUUUAAAAAGGCUUACCAAUUAAACCUGGCCUUUGAGGUACACCGUGUGUGAAUUUAAAUUGUAUGUACAGGUGCACUAAAAACAGUCUGGAGUCCUGGAUUUAACACAGUAGGUGGGCAGGCAAGUUUUUUAGGAAGACGUAUGUGAAAAACACAAAAAAUGGAAUCGGUCAUUUCUACUUUCUAAAUUAGUGUUAUUGUGUUUAUGGUGCUUGUAAGAUAAAUGAAUGAAAAAAGAUGGAAAUUCUGUCACUAUUAAUCACUUAAGACGAUUAGAAUGACAUGGGGGGUGAGUAAACGACAGAAUGCAAAUUUUUAGGUGAAUUAUUACUUUAAUGAUGCAUGACGUCACCCCAUUGUACUAAAUAGUUCUUCAACUGUCUUUUUUAAAUUGUUAUUUAAAAUGUAAUUUUUAAAACACUUUUCAAUGUGAUUGUUGAUGUUGGUCUUUUUCACUGGUUUCUUAUGACAUUAAAUUUGGUGUACCUGAGGUUUUGGAUUAAAUGUAAAUAUCUUGCAAAAUGUUUGAAAAAAAUGCUUAAAAAAUGUUCAAAUGCAAGGCAAAAAGUUAAAGGAUCAAUUAUAAAUGUGAGCGAAAUGUGGAGAGAGAUUGAGAAGGAGAGGGGGCAGAGGGCACUCUAAUGGCUGGCAUUGCUGACGCAGCAGUGGUCACGCUCCGUCUGUUCCUGACACUUCCUGUUGGCAGUUGGCUGAUUCGAGCAGAGAGCACUGUCACAUCCAAAUGACAUUCUUAAACUGAGCUCAACUCAACACUGUACACUGCAGUUUACAGUCAGAGAUUGAGGAAAGCAUGAAAAAUCUGAGGUGUAUAAUAAUAUGGGUUAUAUUUCAAUUUUUUCCUAAUCCAAGACUUUCCUAAUCCAAUGAUGUUAUGGUCUUUUAUCUUUUCAGAAUGGGCUGUGUGGGAGAAGGCAGU